UAAAUGCAUGCAUAAGCAAAUAGCAGAUUCUGAUAUGCCAGAUGCAUUCUUAGUAAUGGCAUUUGGCAAAUUCUAAAGAGAAAACGCAAAAAAAUAAAGGGUUUCUUGAAUCUUCUGUCGGGUCAUCAGACAAAGUAUAUAUUCGAUCUUCCGUUUGUUUCACGAGAUUCCUCGGUUUCUUCGAAUGCAUCUUCUCUCUUUGUUCUUCACCUUCUUCUUCUUCCGCAUUUCCGGUCUCUGACUUCAUCUUUAACGUUUCUUUUAAACCACCCAUCCUUUGAUCUUUCUGAAAAGAAGCAUAAAAAACAAAGAACAAAAAAAUGGAUAAUUCUUUGAGCGCAGGUUGCAUGGCGGUUUUUGCAGUGUCGGGAAGCGUCGUUCUUCUUGCCCUCAAAGUCCACAAACACCUCAUGUCUGAUUUCAUGAGGAAGAUCGAAUUCGAAUUCGGGUUGGUAAAAGGGCAGGGAAAGAAGAAGGUGAGGUUUGCAAAUGGAGUGGAGAAGCCGCCAUCGGAAAGCAAUUCUGCCGCCGGGGAUCACCACCACUACCACCAUCACCACAAGAAGUACGUGGUGGUGUCGCCGGUGGUCGGCCGCCGCCGGACACGAGGGGUUGACGAUGAGAGGUUCGAGUCAAUGCCUGAAAAUUGGCAAGCUCUUUACAAAGGGAUUAUACAAUCCAGGGGACUCAAUGGGUACAUGUGACUUUUCACUCUCAUCCAAUGGUGGCUGUAGGUGCUUGACUAGUCUUUCUAGUCUAAUUUAAUUACAUAUAUGACCCUAGUUAAAGGGUCAAUUUUGGUAUUUAUGUACAUCUACUAGUCACCUACUUUUUAGGAUAUGGUAUAGUUGCGGGUGAUCGCGUUACACUCCCCUUGUUGUAUAUUAUUAUAUGUACAAAACACAAUCUUUUUAAGUUCUUAAUUUUGUGUAUAUAAA